UAUGACUUCCACCGCUUCUCUCGCUUGUUCGCUCGUUAAUUUGUGAAUAAUUACACAUAAUUUGCUUAAAAUAAGCCAGCAGACAAAUUUUUCCGCAUGCUAACCUGGCGGGAAAAGCGAAAAAAAAAGAGGAAAGCCCAACGACGAAAAUACUCAAAUUAUUUAUGCAUAUAUAUGUGGGGUUGCGAGGCCACAAAAUUAUGCAUUACAAAAGCGGUUAAGUCCUUUCGGAAGCCGGCCAUAACACCUCCGCACAGGAUUCAGGACUCAGGAUGGGCUGGCAAGGCAGACAUGACUCCGGGGCAGAGCCAUAUUCAUAUGCAUGUUGCUCCGAUAAUAAUGAUAAAGGAAAAGUUUUCCAGACAGCGCCGCUAGUGGGAAUGCCUCACCUUCAACUUCAACUUCUGCAUCGGACUCGCCCACAGGAUAUACACACGUUAUGGUUGUGUGCGUGCAAAGGACUCAGGUACAAGCAGGACCCAUUAAGGAUCAAUGCAUGGAGGCGGCGGGCAUCACAGCACAAGAUGUGGCGAAUCGUCAUGAGACAGACGACCCUGGCAAUAGUGUCAAGUGCUUUUUCCGCUGCUUUCUGGAAAACAUUGGCAUUAUCGCCGAUAACGAGAUAAUACCUGGUGCUUUUGACCGAGUUCUAGGUCAUAUAGUUACCGUGGAAGCCGUAGAGCGAAUGGAAGCGACAUGUAAUAUGAUUAAGAGCGAGUCAACCCAUGACGAGUCUUGUGAAUUCGCCUGGCAUAUUUCCGAGUGCUACGAAGGAGUGAGAUUGUCAGAUGUUAAGAAUGGCCGAAGAACUAGAAUCCACAAAGGAUAAAAUAUAUAUUUGAA